AUGGCACCUAUCAGCACUCAAGCCUUCUCAGAAGAGGCGGUGCCUGUCUCCAAACAACCAAAGACUACUUCAGCCUCGCUCACUUCAGAUAAAUUCGAAAUCUUUCGACGCCUGGUACCACUUGUUGCAGAUGAGAACAUCACUCAUCUCAACGCUGGUUUCAUGCCACCUUCAAAUCUCGUCGUUCACGAAGCUAUUGGUAACUUUUGCUCCGAGUGGCUACAUAAUCUUUCACCCAAGCCGUUUUGGAAGUCGGCUGUGGAGGAUGCCCGGGCGUUGCUUGGACGAUACAUCUGCACCGAUCCAAGGAACAUCUCCUUUACCAGAGACACCACUGAAGCCAUGGGCUACUUCAUGCAAAGUCUUCGGUUGCAGCCGGGUGACAAUGUGGUUAUUCUAGACUGCGAACAUCCCAACCAGGCUUACGGCUGGCUCUCGCUCCGGUCGCAAGGUAUUGAAGUUCGACAAGUUCCGACAGAUGCCGGCAACAAUGACUUCUCAACUUUUGCAAACGCAGCCACCUUUGAGCCAUAUGUGGAUGAACGAACUCGAUGCAUCGGUAUCAGCUCCAUUAUGUUCCACAGCGGUCAGAGGAACGACGUAGCGGAUAUCUGCGCCAAGUACAGACCCAGAGGCAUCCAUGUCCUCGCCGAUCUGACGCAACAAGUCGGUUUUGCCAAUGUCGACGUGGAAGCCCUUGGUGUCACUGCUGCUGCAUUUAGCCUUCACAAGGGACUCAACUGCCCCUUGGGCUUUGCGGCUCUCUAUGUCUGCCAAGGUUUCAUCGACGCCAUGGAUCCAGUGCCGCCGAUUGUGGGCUACGGAUCUCUUGAGUUCCCAUCCGAGGACUUUUUGAUCUCUGAUGACCCGAUCGCUUUCCAUCCAUCAGCCCGAAGAUAUGAUCAUGCCAAUCUCAACCUCUUGGGAGCUACAGCAGCCAAGGCAUCUCUCCAAUUCUAUCUCGACAUGAUGGGGCCAGGCGACGUAGAGGAACAUCUUUAUAGCCUCGGGGAUGCUCUAAGGGAAAGGUGCGACACCAUCGGCGUUGAACUUGCAGGCCCACCGAAGCGCGAACACCGCGCACCGCACUUGCACGUCCUCAAGUUAUACGGGGAUGAAUGGGCAAGACAUUUCAAGGCUCGUGGUGUUGCUGUGACUUGCUUCAGGUGGGGUGUUCGAGUUUCGUUUGGGUUCUAUAGCAACUUGCGCGAUGUGGAGAGAUUGGUAGAUGUUAUCCAGGUUGGGUUGGAGCUGGGUCUUGGGAAUGUGACGGAGUCUGAUAACUCAGAUUAG